AUGUCGGCGCGGCGGCGGCGGAGGGCGGCUGCCGAGCAGGAGGAGGAGGAAGAGGAGGAGGCGGGUAGCGACAAGGAAGUGGAUUUGGAAGAAAGGCUUCAUGAGUUGGACCUUAGAAGUGAUUCAGAUGUUCCUGAUGUUCCUCCACCAACAGACAGCACUCCAGAAAUCCUCAAGAAGGCUUUGUCAGGCUUGUCUGCCAGAUGGAAAAAUUGGUGGAUUCGUGGAAUUCUCUCCCUAGCUAUGAUUUCUGGGUUUUUUCUGAUUAUAUAUCUGGGAUCAUUUAUGCUGAUGCUUCUGGUCUUAAGCAUCCAAGUGAAGUGUUAUCAUGAAAUCAUUACCAUUGGUUACAGAGUCUACCACUCGUAUGAUUUACCAUGGUUUAGAUCCCUCAGCUGGUACUUUUUGCUGUGUGUGAACUACUUCUUUUAUGGAGAGACUGUAGCUGAUUACUUUGCUACGUUUGUACAAAGAAGAGAACAGCUGCAGUUCCUCAUUCGUUACCACAGAUUUAUAUCUUUUACACUCUAUUUAACAGGAUUCUGCAUGUUUGUUUUGAGUUUAGUGAAGAAACAUUAUCGUCUGCAGUUUUACAUGUUCGCAUGGACUCAUGUCACUUUGCUGAUCACUGUAACUCAAUCUCAUCUUGUCAUCCAAAAUCUCUUUGAAGGCAUGAUCUGGUUUCUGGUUCCAAUUUCAAGUGUUAUCUGCAAUGACAUUACCGCUUAUAUUUUUGGAUUCUUCUUUGGCAGAACUCCAUUAAUUAAGCUGUCUCCCAAGAAGACCUGGGAAGGGUUCAUUGGAGGCUUCUUUUCCACUGUUGUAUUUGGAUUUAUUUUUUCUUAUUUUUUGGCUCAACAUCAGUACUUUGUCUGCCCUGUGGAAUACAACAGUGAAACCAACAGAUUUGUGACAGAGUGUGAACCUUCAGAGCUCUUCCAAAUGAAGAAGUAUUCUGUGCCACCAUUACUUCAGGCUGUGUUGGGAUGGGAAACGGUGAAUAUGUAUCCAUUUCAGAUGCACAGCUUUGCACUGUCAACAUUUGCCUCAUUAAUUGGGCCAUUUGGAGGAUUCUUUGCCAGUGGAUUUAAAAGAGCUUUCAAAAUCAAGGAUUUUGCAGACACAAUCCCUGGGCAUGGUGGGAUAAUGGAUCGCUUUGAUUGUCAGUACCUGAUGGCUACUUUUGUUCAUGUCUAUAUCACCAGUUUCAUAAGGGGUCCAAAUCCCAGCAAAUUACUGAAACAGUUGUUGAUACUUCAGCCUGAACAACAAUUAAGUGUGUAUAAAACCCUGAAAUCUCACCUCGUUGAAAAGGGGAUCUUGCAGCCAUCCCUAAGAGGGUAG